UGAAGCUUGGUUUGAUUCACACAAUGACCAACAGGAUAAACCCUCCCAGUCUUGAGGAGGGAAGGGGGUGGUGGGGAUUCAAACUAAGGCAGGCUUUACAGUGAGUCAAACACUCUCAAAGACAGACUACAGACAGGCUCCACAGCACUAAGAUAAGAGCUUACUGUGACUGAGACCUGGAGCUUCUCUAGUAAAACAGCAAACAAAAAGACUAAACAGCCAAAGUUUGACUGAGAGAGAGAAAGAAACAAAAGAGACACAACUUGUCCAGCGAGAUGGAAAACUGAUUGUCUCCAAGACUUUGAAACUUUUCUGGUGAGGGGGGAGAAAAGAGGAGCAAGGACAAGCCUGAGGAUACUACAGAUUAUGUUGCCAUGGAAACCGAAACCUGGAAGCGGACGCAAGGACCACUGAAGGUGGACAACCUCCCUUGACUGCAUCCUUGACGCGUUACUGUCCCGCUGCGCCCUGUGGUGAGAGAAUGCUGUGGAGAAUAACUAUCCCGGUCAUACUGGCUGGGGUGCUCUGCAUCACAGCAGAGACCAAAAAGCACCGGCCCCAGGGAUCCAUCCCAUCCCCGUACAAGACCAAAGGGAACCUGUCCUCAGAACGUCACCAUCGGCUACUGCAGCAGAAACCAGAGGUGCUAUCCUCCAGCCGAGAGGCCUUGGUGGUGACAGAGCGGCGCUACCUCCGCAGAGACUGGUGCAAGACCCAACCCCUCCGUCAGACUAUCAGCGAGGAGGGCUGCCGCAGCCGCACUGUGGUCAACCGUUUUUGCUAUGGCCAGUGCAACUCCUUCUACAUCCCCCGCCAUAUGGGCCCCAGCUCGGGUCAGGGCCAGAAUCGAGGCCAAGCCUCAGGCUCUGGAAGGAAAAGCCACAACAAGGCCCAGGAGCCAUUCCAGUCCUGUUCCUUCUGCAGGCCACACCGCAUCACACAGCUCACAGUGCAGCUGGACUGCCCAGACCUGCAGCCCCCCUUCAGACACCGCAAGGUGCAGAGGGUCAAACAGUGUCGCUGCAUGUCGGUGGAAGUGAGCGGCCAUGGGAAACUGUGAGGAGGGACUUGAAAGAUAAAAAACACUCGAGGAGAAGGCAGAAUGUCACAAACUUUGCCAAACAAGGACUGGCUUCAUGUUGAACUAUUCUGCAUUGUGUUGUACAAAUAAUGGCUUGUCCCACAAUAAAAUGACAUGGAACACGGAACUGGUAUUACUUAACAAAGGCUCAACAAUGAUUUAAUCAGAGACUAGCAGCCAUGUUGGCAAGCUGAUGCUGCUGAAAGAGACUGAUUCAAGUGGCUGCGCAAGAGACACUGAUGAUGAAGCAGCCAAAUUUCAACAACAAUAAACAAGCUGUUCCUCUGUUAUUUCAAAAAGUUCAUAUCUACCUGGCUAUUUGUACAUCUGUCACUAUGUUCCUUUUUGAAAAAGGAGUUACAGGAGUGUCUUUGAGUUCUAAAACUGCAAAGCAUUAUGGAUACUGCUGAUAAUUCAGCGUCUUAAAGAAACUGUAGAAAUAGUGUGACCUCUUUAAAAAGUUUCUGUAAUAUGACAUGUUUUCCUGCAGGUGGAUCUACAGUAACUACACAGUGUGCCGGCAAUGUUUUAAACUGUAGAUGUCUUGUAUCUGUUGUCCUGUAUCUUUUCCUUAACUUUUAUGAUGUCUGAAACGACACACAAGCUGAUGUCAAGGAUAAGAUUUCAAGAAACACUAAGCAACACAGAAACGACCAGUGGCAUCCACCUGCUCGGACACAAGCCUGGCUGUAUACAUCUGCCACAAAUAUACUAGCCAGUAGGAAAAACAUACUGCAGCAUGUGUAAUGGAGGUGCAAUGCAAU